UCCCUGGUGGUCAAUAGCAGACCAAGUUGUUACAGCAAAACCGUGGGGUCUGUCAUGCAGGAUAUGAUGGUGUCGUGGAGUUUCAGCCAGUCCUUCUAUUUUUUGCCUCUACUUCUAACGCUGAAGAUUCCCAACACAUCCUCAGCUCCUGAUUUCUCAUUAUAUCUCCACACUAUUCUUAAGAACCACACGGCCCAUGCUUGUGAAGGGGACACCCUGACCAUCGAAUGUCCCUCCAGGACAUCUGUGGCCGUCCUGUCAGCCUUCUAUGGACGACGAGUACCAAACCAACAUUUAUGUCCCUCUGCCAACACAAAUGUGACUGUGGAGGAGGAUACAGAGUGCACCUCUACUGUCGCUAUUGAGAAAGUUCUGUCAGAGUGUCAGGAUCGGCGGUUCUGUCAUAUCCCUGUCCUCAGUCCAGUGUUUGGACAGGACCCCUGCCCACUCACCACAAAGUAUCUUCUAGUCUCCUAUAAAUGCAAACCAGAGCAUCACCGUACAAGACUGGUGUGUGAAAAUGAGCGUCUGAGGCUGAUGUGUAAAAAUGACACUGUUCUUGCCAUCUACUCUGCCACAUUUGGACACCUGUUACACGGCAGCCCCUACUGUCCUCAGGAACCUGGAUCUCAGACUGACAUGGAGUGUUUAUCACCCACGGCUCUGAGGAAGGUGUCACGCCGGUGUCAUGGAAGAGCGAACUGUUCAUUACUGGCUGAUACUCUAACCUUUGGGGACCCCUGCUUCCCUGGGACCAGGAAACACCUGCGAGUGUCCUUCACUUGUGUGCCCCGAUAUCUUCUGGAAGAUGUGGGUCGAGGAUCAACAGAUCCUUUCAUGAUCUCAGACUACACUCAUGGUGGAUGGUACACUGGGCCCACCUACAGGCCUCAAAACGUGUUCUUAACCAACUCUCUGGAGAUCAUUGAAAAAAUAUUGGAUUUCCCAGAGCGAGUGGCCCUGUACUUUGUGUCUGGCAUCUGUGCUGGUCUGGUUUUCCUGCUUUGUGUUUUUGGUCUUCGCUCCACACUGGUAAAAGACGUGAAGGAGCUGGUGUCUGAUCUGAAUGAUGAGCUGAAAGCUUCUCGCAGACGACGUAAAGAGCUGAUGGAUGACCUGUUUGAUGAAGACAUCUCAGACACGUCAUCCUUCUGUCGCCUCACACAAUCCUACCGCACAACAGACAUCUUCAGUCCGUCCACUCUGGCAGUAGAGAUGGUCGACCGGGAGGUGGAACAAACAAGGGACAUUCCCAAUGGAGAUAUUUGGCCACAUCAAGACUCUAGCCCUUAUGCCAUACACAAGAUUAAAACCAGCAACAACUGAGACAAGUGUUCGUGUUACUGAUGCUGAUAAAAAGCACUGUUUACAAAUAAUUAUUUAGAUUUUCUUAAAGUGAGUCUACACUGUUGUACAUGCAUUCAUUUUUUAGAUUUCCUCCUUUUCCUGUAAAUACUAAAACACUAAACACAAAUCAAAAAUCAAAUGGGUGAUUACAAAAUGUUUUAUUAUUAUUGUUAACAUAAGGAU